AUGCCUGAAAAACUUGAAGGUGACACAAUGGAGUUGGAGGUUACAGUCAAGCUGAAGCUGUCUGCGAAGCUCCGCAAGGAAUUGGUCGGGCAAGAUAACCCUCUCGCUGUCAAAUGGGUUGAGCACACAGACACCAGUGUCAUGAACAUGGUUGUCGCCGGUAACCCAGGCGUUCCAGACAUCUCUGUCGGCGACGAUAUCACUCCCAGCGUUCUUGGAAGUUUGUCGACUCCUCUCUCAAAAGCAACUCGUAAUCAGUAUGGACUGACAAAGCCUCUAGCCCAGAUAACCCAGCGGAUGCUCCGUAUGCUCAGCCGCGCCGACAUGCUAGGCAAGAGGCGGGACAAUGCUGCCGACACUGGACAGCAAACAAAAAUACAAUACACUCCUAUCGCCACUGCCACUGCCACUGCCGCUCCCACUACGACGACGCAGUCACAGCCAGAGAACGCCAAUGCUCCUCGUCGCGUAGCGUACACUUUGCGAGCUCGCCAGGUUCUUUUGAAUCCAGACACACCUACGCCAGGACAUCGGGUGUCUAAGCACGGCAGAGGCAACAAGAGAUCCAAGAAAGGUCCCAAGCCAACACAAACAACUGUCGGUCUGCGAAAGGAGCCACGCACGGGCAAAACGGGCAAGAAGGGACACCAGCUGGACAAGAGACUACCGAUGCAUUUUGAGAAUGCGAAGUUCAAAAGGAUGGCUGAGAACUCGGGUAUCAGCUUUGCUUUGGAACAUUACAGCUUACAGCGCGACAAGAAAGUGAGAGCCAGACUCGAAAAGGCUGCAGAGAGGCGGUGGGACGGUAUACGUGGUCAGGUCACAGAUGAGACCAAGUUGGAUGCAAUCAUGGAAGGUAAAGAAUAUCCCCAACGUCCUGCAUUGUUCGGCGAGAACCUAAAAGAGAUGGCGCCCCUGCUUCAGCGAUGGACUCUCCAUCUUGUCGCUGUUGUGGUUCAAAGACAGUGCAUGGUUCUCAUCACAUCCAAUAUCUCAUUCUCUUGCAAAUUCAUUCAGCCUAGCAUGUGA